AUGGCGAAUACCGACCCUAUGUCGAGUUCAUCCUGGCGCGGAUGUCUCAUGAGGCAGUCCAUUGCGUCGUACUUCUGCGGCAAGAAGGAGCAAGAGAAGAGCAGUGAGGCCGCCGUCGGGGAGGCUUCCCGAAACGAAUCGACGGCGUCUUCGAGCAGCAAUGGGAUUUUGAGUGGCAUAUCACCUGGGGAUGAGCUGGAAGAGAAGGGGGCUACCGAGGAUGAUCCCAUGGCGUCUCACGGUCUAAAGGAUGGUGUCGAAUACAAGUCUAUGGCUUGGUGGCAAGCUGGAAUGGUCAUGGUGGCUGAGACCAUCUCUCUCGGCAUUCUCGCCCUUCCCAAUGCCAUGUCGAAAGUCGGCAUUAUUCCUGGAUUGAUCCUUCUUCUCUGUCUCGGUGCUAUGGCUUCAUACUCUGGCUAUGUCAUUGGCCAGUUCAAACAGCGAUUCCGACAUAUUCAUUCCAUGGCAUGCGCCGGAGAGGUUCUCUUUGGCAAAUGGGGUGGUGAGAUUCUUGGAUGGGGUCAGUUCUUGUUCUAUGUCUUUAUCAUGGGCAGCCACAUCCUGACCUUUUCCAUCAUGAUGAACGCCAUCACUGAUCAUGGGGCUUGCACCAUUCUCUGGAUGGUGGUUGGCACUCUCCUCAGCCUACUGUGCACCCUGCCCCGGACUCUGAAGAAUCUCUCAUACUAUUCGGUUGCCAGCUUUCUCAGUAUCGUAGGCGCCGUUAUGAUCACCAUGAUCGGAGUCAGCAUCACGAAGCCCGGUUUCAUCGAUGGCCGGAUGUCGGUCAGGUUGUGGCCUCAGCCGGAUCUCUCGUUUCAGGAUGGCUUCCAGGCAGUGAAUACCAUGGUCUUUGCCUAUGCAGGACAUGUCGCCUUCUUCACGUUCAUCUCUGAGUUGAGGAACCCCAACGACUUUCCCAAAGCUCUGGCCUUCUUGCAAAUCAGCGACAUCAGUAUGUACAUCAUCACGGCCGUAGUGGUGUACGUGUACGCUGGUGAAAAUGUCAAGAGCCCAGCUUUGGACAGCGCCAGCACUGUCGUCAAAAAGGUUGCGUACGGCAUCGCGAUUCCUACCAUUGUGAUUGCAGGUGUGGUCAAUGGGCAUGUCGGAGUCAAGUAUGUGUAUGUGCGAGUGCUGCAGAACAAGCCGCAUGAUUUGAUGCAUCAGCCACUAAGACGACACAACGAAGUGUCCAACAAAAAGGAGUUUACUAAAUUGGGAAUCAGAUCCUACGGCACAUGGGUUUUGAUCUGUACGCUCUCGUGGGUGGCAGCAUGGCUGAUAGCCGAGGUAGUUCCUGUUUUUAACGACCUUGUUGGGCUAACCAGCGCUCUGUUCGCGAGCUGGUUCACUUUCGGGCUCAGCGGUAUGUUUUGGAUGCGGUUGAACCUCCUGCAGGACCAGGAUGGGAAGCUGAGGAUGGUCCCAUUCAAUCUGUGGACCUGGAAAACGGCCGUGUUGUUUCUGAUCAACACUUUGAACAUCCUUGUGGCAGCAAUUCUGUGCUUCGUCGGUAUCUAUGCCAGCAUUUCAAGCAUGAUCCACAAUGGAGCCACCAAGAAGCCAUUCACCUGCGCGGCUUGA